CUAUGAAAUAUACAUAUGAUUUGACAGAUAUGCUCUACCUAAUCCUUUAUAGAAAUACAUCUGUCAAAGAUAUCUGUAGUCUACCCAACACUUUCUCCAGAUUACAAAUCAAAGGAUACGUUUCAAAAAUUACAGGUAAACAUGAAAAAAAAGGUAAAAAUCUGCACUUAUCCAUCAUCAAGGGAUGACGUUUGUGUGUGUAUGUAUAUUAUCUGUUUGUAUUUCCUUCUUAGAAACGUUAUCUUGUGUUUCAUAUGAAAAAAUAAACAAACGUGAAUACUCCCUAUAAAUAAGUGGAAAACAAUAAAAAAAACCCAAAUACUUGAAGGAAAAACUACUUGAUAAACAUGAAUUCCUUCGCUAAAUAUUUCAGGGCACUAUCUGUAUUGUUAACGUUGUUCACAGCCAUGAGCGAUGCUUGCUGGACAAAAAGGACAUACCUUACCCUCACUAAUGAUCUGGGACCAGGCUUGCAACUCUCACUUCAUUGCAAAUCCGGGAGUGUUGAUCUUGGUCAACAACACCUCGCUCCUCAAGGUAGCUGGUCAUUUGAUUUUUGUUCUAGUUUUUGGGGAGUUACUUCGUAUUUUUGUAAUGUGGUAUGGAAUGGAGGAAACAAGUGGUUUGACGUCUACACAGGAAAGAGGGAUAGCUUUAUUUGUGGUGAAUGUGGCUGGUCUAUACGCCCAACUGGUCCAUGCAGGGAUCAUGGUGGCAAAGUAGAUUGUUUUCCUUGGAAUAGUUAGUCAUGUGAGCGUAAGUUGUUGAAGUGGAGGAGAUUUAGAAACUGGGAAAAGGACUGUCCUUUUACUGCGUAUC